UGCUGUUUGCCAUAGAAAGAGGUAUCUAAGUGGUAUUUUUUGUCAAGUAAUAUCUUCCAUCCUGAUUAUUAAAACGACACUAGCGGAGCAACAAAGUUUGCAGAUACAAAAAAAAAAGGGGGGGAGGCUUGGUGUCGCCCGGUGAUGACGUCCGUGUAGGAGUUUAUGAACGCUAUGGCGGCUCAUGCUAGCGAGCUUGAGAUUGCAAAGAAAAAUUUAACUGAUGCAAUUGGCGAUAAUGUCAAACAUUACUGGGCAAACCUGAAGCUAUGGUUCAAACAAAAGAUCAGUAAGGAGGAGUUUGACAUUGAGGCCCGUCGUCUGUUGGCACAGGAGAAUGUCCAUGUUCACAAUGAUUUUCUCCUGGCCAUUCUCACACGCUGCCAGAUCAUCGUCUCCACGCCAGAGGGCACUGGACCAUUACAAUGGCAAGGUGGCUCUGCUUCAAAGCCUGGCAAACCAAAAGGGAAGAAGAAAUGUUCUUCUAGACAGAAAUUUGAUGUAAGUUGUCUCCAAUCAGUAAUCUCAAAACAGCUUGAUUCCCAAAUGAUGGCUGGCUGUAUUAUUUUUCUAAAGCAUCGUUUCCAGCCUCAGAACCCUCUGAGCGCUGCCCAGCCCUUCAGCCCACGAGAGGUGGGAGGUGAGGAGGAGGAGCUGCGUCUCAGCGCCCACACUCUGCUGCUGCCCACGCGGGGCCAGAUGGAGGCCCGCAUGAUGGUGACAGCGUUUGAGCUGGGCCUAGACAACAUCACAGAAGAAGCCAUCAGCACCAUGAUCUAUGCUGUUGAGCACCACUUGAAAGAUGUCCUGACUGCUGUAAUCACCCGGAGAAAGGCAUAUCGGUUACGGGAUGGUCACUUCCCUUACGCCUUUGGCAGUGAUGUCACGCCGCAGCCUUAUCUGAAAAACAGCCUUGCUGCAUACCACAGUGUUACUGAAUGUCCUCCUCCAAGUGCUUCUCUGCCUGCUGGCCCACCACCUCAGGUGUCACCUGAUGAGGCUGAGCAACAAGCUGUCCACUUAUUGGCUUGUUCUGCUGACAGUCUUCCUGCGCCCCUCUCUCCAAUCAGUUUGUUUGAUCUCCUGGAGGCUUUAAAGGUUCACCAUGGUGUGAUGCCCUCCCACACUAUGUAUGCCCUCAACAUGGAGCGCAUUCUGUCACGGCUCUGGCACCCCAGCCACGAAGAACUAGAACAAGACCAUGUGCACCGGCAACGCCUCGCUGCGAAAGAGGGCGUGCUCGUCAGCUGAGAACCACUCACACGGGACUGUAUAUUGACUGUGGACAUUACCAGGAACCAAACACACAAAUAAUCCCCAAACAGAAAUGGAUGGGCAACAAUGUGUUGAAAGUACCUUGGAAGACCUCGAAAAUCACAUUCAUGUUGCACGGAAAGAUAGAGGAUGAGUGGAGCAAGAUGAAACAAAAUAAUUGGCCAGUGGAUACAGAGUGGGCAGUCAGCUCCAGCCAAAAGCCAAUAGCUGGCAAUUUAGCACUGUAACUGCUUUAUUUUUGUCUGGUCCACCAGUCGUUUUGGCAGUCGAUCAGCCAUCAUUUUAAUCUACUGUCAUAUAGCGAGAAUCUAAUUUUGUGGAUAUAAUAUUUGUGUUUAAUUUUAGGAUAUAACAGUAGCUACGAACACAGGUUUCGAGCCAGGUUGGACAGUGUCGGUGUAUAGGUGUGUGUGGGUAACAAGCCUAAAUAGAAUGAAACAUGGCUGUGUUUCCUUCAGUUAAUUUGGUUCAUAUGGUCAGAUAUGCAACACAACUGUUGAUUUAAAAAACAAAAACAAAAAAACCCUGUAAGAAAACACAAUAGCCCGUAUCUUAUCGUGUAGCAUUGUGUACAUGACCAGGUCACAACGGACUGCAGGUAGAAAUAAAUAAAAAAAAAUCCACUGAGGUGUUUUUGAUUUAUCUGGCUGAUUAGACCCCAUGUCAGGCUGAAGUUAGGGGCUAUGACGAUAAUUAGGUCCAAUUUAAUGUACCAAUAAAAAUGAUACAGAUGGAAAUAGUCCCGCCGUAAUAGGUGCAACAGAUGUCAACCAAGCACAGUUUGUAGAAGAUCCUGAGAAGAGGUCCAAUCGGGGAGUAAGUGAAGACACCUGUGUGGUUUUACUGUGGGUGUGUGGGAUCUCUAAAAUCUCCCAGGCACAACCGCCUGCUCAUGCCCUUCAUAAACCUAUGAUGAAUCUGUGUCAGAAGUAUUCAAACAACUUUUAGUGGUGUCCCUCAGUGUUGGUGGUCCACAGUGUGUGCACAGAUUAAGCUGAAUUUUUAAUGUCUCAGUGCACUUGAAUAUCUGUUCGCCAUGUUUGUCUAGUUCAGGUUAAAAUGUGUAUAAAUUUGUAUCUUUUUCUACACGAAGCUUGUUUGUAAUUUAUUUUCCACAGCAGUUGGUAAAAUAAAUAAAAAUGCAUUUU